CUGAGAGGCAGACAGCACAUUAGGAAAACACUUUCAGAGAGGCCAAAGGGCUCUUCAUCUGCAGCCAGCAGCCCUCCGUUACAACAACACUCCUCUGCUGCCUGAACACAGCAGCCAUGGCUGAGAGACGUAUUCCUUUCACCCUGCUCCGCACCCCAAGCUGGGACCCAUUCCGUGACUGGCACCAGAGCAACCGCAUCUUCGACCAGACCUUCGGCAUGCCGAUCCCGUCAGAGGACUUUGCCACAUUCCCCAGCACCCACUGGCAAGGGUACAUCCGGCCCUCCAUCCUGGCUCCCGACAUGAGCGCCAUGAUGCCACAGACCCCCAUGAUGUACCCUGGCGCCAUGAUGGCCCAGCAGGCUCGUGCCCUGUCCCGCCAGAUGAGCACCGGCAUGUCGGAGAUCAAGCAGACCCAAGACAACUGGAAGGUGUCCCUGGAUGUCAACCACUUCUCGCCUGAGGAGCUGGUGGUGAAAACCAAGGAUGGUGUGGUGGAAAUCACAGGCAAGCACGAGGAGAGGAAGGAUGAGCACGGAUUUGUGUCCAGAAGCUUCACCAGGAAAUACACCCUCCCCUCUACAGCUAACGUUGAGAAGGUGACCUCUUCCCUGUCUCCUGAUGGGGUGCUCACCAUUGAGGCUCCUUUGGUCAAACCCGCCAUCGAGUCCUCAGAGACCACAAUUCCUGUCAAUGUGGACAACAAAGGUGGCGUGGUGAAGAAGUAGGGAGAAAAGCAACACAGCGUCUCCCCCACACAUACACACACACAUUCAGAUAAUCACUUUAUUCCUACAAAGUGCUUCCAGAGAGGUGAGGAAGCAGCUUAUUGCUCUCACUAAAGCAGGCUUGCUCACACAUCCAGAGACAGAAGAGCCAGGGAUUGCCCUGGUUCCUCUGUCUCCCCUCAGUCUCUGAUAAUGAGCCAACCCCAGCUGAGUGCCCUGUGUAAACACUUCUGCAGCAGUUCCAUAUGCCUUCUCUUUCUGCUGUAAUUACAAUCUUCAUCUGAACAUAGGAAAUCUCAGUUUAGCCCCACUCACAGUUUUCUUUAUUUCUCUGCCUCACUUAAACACACACACACACACACCUUUCUCAUUUCUGUUGAGCAAAUCCCCUUCAUGCUGCUUCUCAAACGCACUUAAGACAACAGCCAAGUGGACUGUAAUAGCAGUGAUCUUGUAAAUGAAGGAACCAAGGCCCCAGGAGAGCAUAUACACCACCAUUCUAUGUGCAGAACAGUGCCUGUUAGUGAUCCCACUGCGGUCUCCCUGGUCUGGAAAUAGACUGGUUUCAUCUGCAGUUGCCUUUGGACACUAACUAUUCAGCUAUGCAAACAGAGAAUAAAGAACAAACAGCGCACAGA